CCAUUUUCCUGGCCGGAGCGGAUUCACUCUGAGCGGGACUUCAGUCAACCUGCGUUUCGAUUCUCUCUCAGCUUCUACACACUUUCUAAUUACAUCCCUGGUUCGGUUCUGAUUCUUUCAGUUUCGAACAGAAAAAAACAAUCAGACAGUUUUUUGUCUGAGAUGGUAGAUUACCACGCAGCGAAUAAUCCAUAUCAAUACUCCGGGCAGCAGAGCUACAUGGAGCAGGAGAACGACUGGGACCGAGACUUGCUGCUCGACCCGGCCUGGGAGAAGCAGCAGAGGAAGACGUUCACGGCGUGGUGUAACUCUCACCUGCGUAAAGCCGGCACUCAGAUCGAGAACAUUGAGGAGGACUUUAGAGAUGGCCUGAAGCUCAUGCUGCUGCUUGAGGUCAUCUCAGGUGAGCGGUUACCCAAACCUGAGCGAGGGAAAAUGAGAGUGCACAAGAUCAACAACGUCAACAAAGCACUCGACUUCAUCGCCAGCAAAGGAGUCAAACUGGUGUCUAUUGGAGCUGAGGAAAUUGUUGAUGGAAAUGCGAAGAUGACCCUCGGCAUGAUCUGGACCAUCAUCCUUCGCUUUGCCAUUCAAGACAUCUCAGUGGAGGAGACCUCAGCUAAAGAGGGAUUAUUAUUGUGGUGUCAAAGGAAAACGGCUCCUUACAAAAACGUCAACGUGCAAAACUUCCACAUCAGCUGGAAGGAUGGUCUGGCUUUUAACGCUCUGAUCCACAGACACAGACCUGAACUCAUCAACUACGACAAACUGCGCAAGGAUGAUCCUGUUACAAAUCUGAACAAUGCAUUUGAAGUGGCAGAGAAAUACCUGGACAUUCCCAAGAUGCUGGAUGCAGAAGAUAUCGUUGGUACUCUCAGGCCGGAUGAGAAGGCUAUAAUGACCUACGUCUCCUGCUUCUAUCACGCCUUCUCUGGUGCUCAGAAGGCCGAGACAGCAGCCAAUCGUAUCUGCAAAGUUCUCGCUGUCAAUCAGGAGAACGAGCAUCUGAUGGAGGACUACGAGAAACUCGCCAGUGAUUUGUUGGAGUGGAUCAGGAGGACAAUCCCGUGGUUGGAGAACCGAGCUCCAGAGAAGACCAUGGUGGAGAUGCAGCAGAAGCUGGAGGACUUCAGAGAUUAUCGCCGGGUUCAUAAACCUCCUAAAGUCCAGGAGAAAUGUCAGCUGGAGAUCAACUUCAACACGCUGCAGACCAAACUGAGGCUCAGCAACCGGCCCGCCUUUAUGCCCUCCGAGGGCAAAAUGGUGUCUGAUAUUAAUGGAGCUUGGCAUAACCUGGAGGGGGCGGAGAAAGGCUAUGAGGAGUGGCUACUGAACGAAAUCCGCCGACUCGAGAGACUCGAUCAUCUCGCUGAGAAAUUCCGCCAGAAAGCAGCUAUACAUGAGAGCUGGACUGAUGGUAAAGAGACCAUGCUGAAUCAGAAGGACUAUGAGACGGCGUCUCUGUCUGAGAUUAAAGCGCUGCUGAAGAAACACGAGGCGUUUGAGAGUGACCUCGCUGCUCACCAGGAUCGUGUGGAGCAGAUCGCUGCCAUUGCCCAGGAGCUCAAUGAGCUGGACUACUACGACUCUCCGAGUGUGAAUGCUCGCUGUCAGAAGAUCUGUGAGCAGUGGGAUGUGCUGGGAGCACUUACACAGAACCGCAGGGAGUCACUUGAGAGGACAGAGAAGCAGCUGGAGUCGAUUGAUGAGCUCUAUUUGGAGUACGCGAAAAGAGCAGCUCCGUUUAAUAACUGGAUGGAGGGAGCGAUGGAGGAUCUGCAGGACAUGUUCAUAGUGCACAACAUCGAGGAGAUACAGGGUUUGAUCACAGCCCAUGAGCAGUUUAAGGCGACCCUCCCGGAGGCCAAUAAGGAGCGGGAGGCCAUUCAGGCCAUUCAGUCCGAGGUGCAGAAGAUUGCGCAGUAUAACGGCAUCAAGCUGAGCGGCACCAACCCCUACACCACCAUCACCCCCAACAGCAUCGACAGCAAGUGGGACAAGGUUCAGCAGCUGGUUCCUCAGCGUGAUGAAGCUCUACAAGAGGAACUCAGUCGUCAGCAGUCUAAUGAUCAUCUGAGACGCCAGUUUGCCAACCAGGCGAAUAUGGUGGGACCCUGGAUCCAAAACAACAUGGAGGAGAUCGGGCGGAUAUCGAUCGAGAUGAACGGCACUCUGGAGGAUCAGCUGACUCACCUGCGUCAGUACGAGCAGAAGAUCAUCGAGUACAAACCAAACAUUGAGCAGCUCGAGGGAAAUCAUCAGCUCAUCCAGGAGGCACUUAUCUUCGACAACAAGUACACUGCUUACACCAUGGAGCACCUGCGUGUGGGAUGGGAGCAGCUCCUCACCACCAUCGCUCGCACCAUCAACGAGAUCGAGAACCAGAUUCUGACCCGUGACGCCAAAGGAAUCAGUCAGGAGCAGCUCCACGAGUACAGAGCCUCCUUCAACCACUUCGACAAGGACCACAGCGGCGCUUUACAGGCCGAGGAGUUCAAGGCGUGUUUGAUUAGUCUCGGUUACGACGUGGAGAACAACAAACAGGGUGACGCUGAGUUUGCCCGUAUUAUGGGUAUUGUGGACCCAAACAACACCGGUGCCGUGACCUUCCAGGCCUUCAUCGACUUCAUGUCCCGGGAAACAACAGACACGGACACGGCUGACCAGGUCAUCGCCUCCUUCAAGAUCCUCGCUGGAGACAAGAACUACAUCACAGCGGAGGAGCUGAGGCGCGAGUUGCCCCCUGACCAGGCGGAGUACUGUAUCUCCCGCAUGGCUCCUUAUAGAGGGAGUGACGCGGCGCCUGGAGCUCUCGACUACAUGUCCUUCUCCACCGCUCUCUACGGAGAGAGCGACCUUUAAAAGGGCCUAAGAUCCAGCAUGCUCAUCCUUCUCCACCUCUCCACUCCUCCAUCUCCACUUCCUGUCCUCCAUCUCUCCUCCUCUCUAAGAGGGGUGGAGUUUCACAGGACUUAAAGCACAUCUGAGGGGCGGAGCUAGGGUCUUCUCUCUGUGUGUGUGUGUGUGUGUGUGUGUGUGUGUGUGUGUGUGUGUGUGGGGAGAGAAACGAAGUGUGAUGGUGGUUUUGUAGAGAGAGAGAGAGAGAGAGAGAGACGGCUUAGUCCCAAUUCUUACAUGCUCACUUUAAGCUUUGCUCACUUCAUCGUCCUUUUUCAGAUAAAUGAAUAAAAUAUUUCCUUUAUAAUUUAGUAUUAAUUAGUUGAUUAAAAUAGAUUUCCCACCAGCA